GGCAGCGGCCUUUCGCCGAGACGUCGGGAAGGGAAGCGUCCUAGUUUGCCCUCAGUCAAAAUGGCCGGCCGAGCCUUACGAGGGAGAGGUGGAAAACAGCGCGCGUGAGCAGAGCCGCUCUUCCCAGAAGGCUUUGCGCCGGCGCCGUUUCCUGGUGUCAAACGCGGAGCGAGACGGACGGUGGUAGGUGAGUGAGGUCGGAAUUCGGCGUGGAAUCGGUUUAUUUUGGCGGGGGGUGGGGCGGGGCAGCGCUUCCCCCUGUGGCCGUUCUUUGCUCCGGGAGGGUUUCCGUGUUCACAGGUAGGAGAGGGACGGGUGGGAAUAGUCCCCGUGUGAGGAAGCGAAAAUACACGCAGAUAUUAAAUGCGUAUACGCAGAUAUUAGCUCAAUGGCACUUAGGUUAGGCUCGCUAUAUUCCAAAAAGUAAAAUUCCACCAAUUGUGGAGGUUUUAUUUUGUUUUGUUUUAGAAACCCACCAAGAUUGUCGAGCUUAUUUUUUAGAAACCGCCAAAAUUGUGAAGCUUUAUUUUAGGAAACUCACCAAAAUUGUCGAGCUUUAUUUUGGAAGACCAACAAAAUUGUCGACCAUUUUUAAUUUUUUUUUAGGAAUCCACCAAGAUUGUGGAGCAUUUUUUUAAGGAAACCCACCAAGAUUGUCAAGCUUAUUUUUUUUUUUUUAGAAACCGCCAAAAUUGUGAAACUUUAUUUUAGUAAACCCACCAAGAUUGUGGAGCUUUUUUUAUUAGAAACCACCCAAAUUGUGGAGCUUCUUCUAAGAACAAAAUUGGAGACUUUUUGGGGGGAACAAACCCAAAUUGUUAAGCUUUUGGGAGAAAUUUCCCAUCGUGUUGCCAUAUAGCUGAGUUUUCCAUGAUAUUUUGCCACUUCGGCAAAAUCCACACACACCCCCUGACGCAGUUUUUGCACGCCAAAACCAGGACAUGUCAGGAAUUUUCCUGACGCAGGGCAAGCCUAGCCUAAGUUAUGGGAGCAACAACAGAAUGUCUAGGCACUCUUUUUUAAUAAGAAUAAUACAAAGCUGAAAAUGAAUGAACUGCAGCUAAAAUAUUAUGUUCAUUUUUCACUUGGUCUAGUCCUUCCCCUGCCCAUCCCCCUAAUAUUCUUAAGAGGGUCCCUUCUCUAGUCUUAAGCGAGUAGCUGGAAGUGGAGAGGCCUAGUACAGUGGGAGUUUCGAACACUGCUCCAAGCCCACGUAGGACAGCAACUGAAAGAAUAAAAGUGACUGGUUCCGCUAAGAAAUUGCCCAUUCUUGCUGAUCCUUUGCAUUUGGUACAUUCAGCGACUGUAUCAUUGAUCUGUGGGGACCACAGAAAUAAUGUUAUUUUGGUUGAAAGUUUCAGCAUCAAUCUCUAUUCCUCUAUUUUGAGGAUUACAAGGCUUGGUGGACAUCCUUGUAUGCAUGCAUGCAUGCAUGUCUUUCUCCUUAUUACAUCAUACAGCCUUGACUCAGCAUUUACUUUAUGUUAGUUAACGGGCUUUGUGACAGAAAUGGUUACUGUGUUGCUUUCAUCUGUAGCUGCUCCCUCUUGUUUUUAGAAGGUCUUAACUAGGGCUGCCGUAUUUCAAAAAGUAAAAACCAGGACAUCCUAAAAGUUUUCUUUUUUUUCUUUUUUUAAGGAAACCACCAAAAUUGUUGAACAACAAAAGUUGUUGACAAACCUAGCGUUGCCAUAUCUCCAAAAGUGAAACUCAGGACAAAGUUAUUGAGCUUGUUUUUGUUUCUGAAGGGAACUAACAACUAUCAGCUUUUUUUGUAAAAGUUACAAGAGUUUUUUGGAUUUUGGAGCUUUUUAAAAGCAUUUUUGGUUCAAUUUUGCUGGUUUUCCAGGACAUUUGCCCAAUUUCAAAAAAAUAAUCCAGGAUUCCAUUUUCGGAAGCAAAUUCCAGGAUGUAUGGCAGCCCUAUCGUAACAAAAAUUUUGUGAUAUAUUUCUUAUACAUACAUGAACCUUUCAAAAAGUGUAUCUGCACUGCAGUCCUAUGUAUUACUACUCAGAAGUAAGUACGGUUUGUAACCAAAAUGAGGCUUUUCUGCUCAGUAUUGACUGCCAGAGGCUCAGAUGUAUAAUAGAUUCGAAACCCACUGGACAGUUUUUCAUAGCAAAUACAGACUGUGGUAUUGUUCACUUAUGAGUGCACCAUGAAAAUGCAUAUUACUACCCCUCCUUCCCCUUACCUAGUUCCUUAGAAAUUAUUUCAUGGGUUUUAUUUACAGAAGGACUGAUUUUAUCUAACUUGUGGUUGCUAAACAACCACAACUUGUUUCCCAUUUCUUUUCGUUUCUCUUCACAAGAUUUGUUUUAUUUUUUAAAAAAUCUGCUAAAUUCUUAAAACCUUGGGUAAGGAGAGAAUUAUCAUCAUGUGUCUGAUUUUUUCUGAUUUCUCCAGUUUAAGGCUAAAUUAGCAACCCAGCUUGUGACUUCAGCUGUUCCCCGGAUAGUUUUUUUUGUUUAUGGUGAAAGUUAAAUAUUUCUUUAAUUUUUGUGGCUUAGCCUCAAGGGAUCAGUAGCAACCAUGUAACAGGUUUAAAGUGGAUGGGAAGUAUUAGUGACACAGCUCUGCAAUCCUUGCCACUUUUAUUUGGCUGUCAUUUAAAUUACAGCCUCUUAAACAGCUUACUGGAUUGGUGUGUGUUUUGCCCGAGACACAAAAAGUCUUUACUUGCUUGAAGCUUUUGGAAAGGUUUAGAACUGUAUUCACCACAUUCCAACAAACCCUUUUGGUUCUUGUAUUCUACUGACCCUGUUCUGUUUCUGGGGAUCAGCCAGACUUGCAAGUCUGUCUACAGUGGUACUUCGGGUUACAGACGCUUCAGUUUACAGACUCCGCUAACCCAGAAAUAGUACCUCGGGUUAUGAACUUUGCUUCAGUAUGAGAACAGAAAUUGAGCAGCGGCGGCAUGGUGGCAGUGGGAGGCCCCAUUAGCUAAAGUGAUGCUUCAGGUUAAGAACAGUUUCAGGUUAAGAAUGGACCUCUAGAACGAAUUAAGUUCUUAACCCGAGGUACCACUGUAUAUGACCACAUUGUAAAUUUCAAAGAGGUUGUGUAUAUUUUCAUUAAUUAGUAUUUCUUUCCACGUGCUUCUGAUUGAGAAUAACAACAUGGAAAAACGACAUAAAGGGGCAAAGCAAGGAUCAUAUUUACUCCAGUUUGCCUAGCUUCUCUUUUCUUCUUUCUGCCUUUCCACCCCUGUCCCUUGGAAAGUCUAGGUGAAAAGAGAGUAGUCUUACCUCUGCUUAGCUUUAAACCAGGAAUAACAAAAUAAAGUCUUUCCUUUAUUCCUUGUAGAUGAGAGAUGUAGAAGCUGUGGCCCUCUGUUAUUGGACCACACCCUCCCAUCAUACCCAAUGAGAAUCCUAAAUCUGGAGGGCCAAAGAGUUGCUUAUCCCUCUCCUAAAUGUGUGUUUUCACUUUAAAAUUUCACAGCGGCAAAUGUAACUGAAACUUAGCUUGCACUAUUCUGUGGGCAGAUUAUCAGGCUGUGGAAUCCCUAAGAGAUGGUGGCAUCACAAUGGUUUGAAUUCUACUCUGCUGCUGGGAUCCUCUCCCUUUCCGGCUCUCCAUAAAAACACAGCAAACAGAACUGCAAGGAGGAGAAGCUCAGCUGCUGGGGAUAAUGUCGUCAGCAGCUGGACAUGACCGGGGUGGCAAAUGAAACCUUUUGGGAAAGCUCCCCUUGCCUUGAAGUCGCCAUCUUCCAGCUCCUGCCUUGCAGCAACUACUUCCAGAGAAACACUGUAGUAUACCUUUUUAAAAUGUUGCCGUUUUAAAGACUGCAAAGGAAGAAAGAGGAUAAUCUCUUUUGAAUCCCCCUUCCCAGCAACUGAGUUGAACACAUUCAAAAGUGGCAGAGUAAACUUUAUUUUUCCCACACACACACACACACAAAGCUGCUUCUACUCAAGGCAGUCUGCUGUCCUAAUUUAAUUUUCAGUACUAACUUUUAUCGAAGUUUGACUCUUCUCAUUCAUAAAGGGGAAUGGGCUGUAGCACAUUGUUUGUGCCCAUGCUUUACAUUUUCAUGCAUGUCUUGAUGCGGGUGGCGUUGUGGUCUAAACCACAGAGCCUCUUGGGCUUGCCGAACAGAGGGUUGGCCGUUCGAAUACCUGCGACGGGGUGAGCUCCCGUUGCUCUGUCCCAGCUCCUGCCAACCUAGCAGUUUGAAAGCACACCAGUCAAGUAGAUAAAUAGGUACCACUGUGGCGGGAAGGUAAAUAAUGUUUCCUUGCACUCUGGUUUCCGUCACGGUGUUCCGUGUGCCAGAAGCAGUUUAGUCCUGCUAGCCACAUGACCUAGAAAGCUGUCUAUGGACAAAUACCGGCUCCCUUGGCCUGAAAGCGAGAUAAACACCGCAACCCCAUAGUCUCCUUUGACUGGACUUAACCGUCCAGGGGUCCUUUACCUUUACCUUGCCUAUGUUUUGAAUCCUUGGGAUCUCCAGGUAAAAAUGUGUUGCACCUUGAAGAGCUGCUUCCAGCAACUACUGGGUUCAACAGUUAAGCAGAGGGAUGAUUGGAAGCAGCUUCCUAUAUCUGCUCUCUUUUAUAUAAUGAUGUUAGCAAUUAUUAUUUUUGGCUCCAUGCUGUGCUUUGCAGUGCAGUUGCUGUUAUGUAACUCUCUUUCAUGUUGUUACAGGUAAAAUUUUGCCAUUGACGACCACAGCCAUGUUGGCAGCAAGGUUGGUGUGCCUUCGGGCUCUCCCUUGCCUACGGCCUGCACACCUUCAGGCUUCACCUGCACUGAGAAAUUCUGCUGUAAAGACACAGCAUUGGCUCUUGCAGCCUUCUAAGGUAGGUGUCUCUUUGGAAUCUUAUACUAGUUUUGAGAUUUCUCUUUUAAAAACAGUUUAUGUGCAAGUUAAUACAUUCAGUACAUGAAUUAAAGUAGCCUAUUUUUUGCUUCUUAAAACCAUACGGAUCUGCUCCAAGAUCUUAAUCCUUGGAAGCCUUUCAUGUGAACAGAAAACCAUAACUUUCUUUUACAUUUGGACAGUUUCUGUUUAAUAGCUCUAGCCCUGCAGAGUAUGGGUCACGGUCAAGGCAGCACAACUUGACAUGUUCAUGCAGCUGCAUCAAAGCCAGCCCAAAAUCUGCCCUGUCUUUGCACGCACGCACACCCCACAACUAUCUUCAUGGACCCCACUUCUUAGUGGUAUGUUCCAAUGUGGAAUUUAUUUACUUACUUUAAUAGAUUCCUGCCUGCCAUUUACUUUAAGGUCCCAGCGCAAGUUACUACAAUAAAGUAUACAAUUAUAUAAAACAAAAUGGUUGUAAACAUAAAAGAGGAAUCGUGUAAAAACAGCACCAUGUGAAACAGAUCCAGAAUUAAAAACAAAGCAAACAUUUAGCAAUUCCACAUAUAAAAACAGCUUUAAGUAGUUAAAGUACAGAUGCAGAGUGGGAGAAAAGCUUGUUGAAAGAGGGUGGUCUUCUGUAGAUGCUGAAGGGACAGCAGAGGUGGUGCUGGUCUGAUAUUCUGAUUCCUACCCUGUAAAACAGAGCUGUCAAUAAGAUUGUAUCUACAGAGCAUCCUCUCCUGCAGAGCACAGUGAUGGAGCGGGUAUAGGAAUUUAUGUGCCAGUACUAACACAUUAAACGUAGCAUGUUAACUCAUUUUCAGCCAGUGCAAUUCUUUCAGCAGUAGCGUAACAUUGUCUGCCCCAGUGAGUAGUUAUGCUCCUGCAUUUUGCACUAACUUCAGCUUCUGGGCCAACGUCAAGGGUGGCCUCACAUGGAGCCCGUUGCAGUAAUGCAGUCUGGAGGUUAUCAACAUAUGGACAAUGGUGGUCAGACUAUCCCAGUCCAGAAACAGACAGAUCUGUCUUACCAGCUGAAGCUGAUAAAAGACACUCCUAGCCAUGGAAGUCAUAUGGAUGCUUACAGGAUACAGGAGCAUCCCUCAUACCAGGCGCAUGCUCCUUCAAGGGGAAUACAGUCCUGUCCCAAGCAGUCAGUAGUCCAGUUUUCCGGAUUGAGGAACCACCCACCCACAAGGCCUCCUGUUUUGCUGGAUUCAUAGUUUGUUGGUCCUCUUUUAGCCCAUCAUGGAGUCCAUGCCCCUAUCCACGGUUUGAACGGCCUGAUACAUACAUUAUGCAUGUGAAUGACCCAGUUGAGUAAGUUUGGCCUGUCACAUUGAUAUUUCUGCAAACUGGGAGAUGAUUGUGUGAUACAUGGUUAGACUCCAGCUAUCUUUCCCCAUUGUUCAACUCCUCCUAAUUUGAUCCUUGUUGUGCAGUAUGCUGUUUCUCCAGAUUAACUGGAGGCAUAUUUAUCAUCUGUUCCUUUGACAGCAAUCUAGAGUCUUUCUUUCCUUACCUUUUGUUGUAACAGGGAUAUGCCUCCAAAGCCAGGUUUGGUGUACGCAAGGGGAGAACUGGUCAAGAAAUUAAGGAAGCGGCUUUUGAACCAUCAAUGGAGAAAGUGUUAAAAGGUACCUGUAUAUCUCUCUCAGAUUUCACUUACUGUGGUUGACAAAGGAGAGGCAAAGCAACACUCAAAAGUAGUGUGGAGGCAAAUCAAUGACUUUCUGUAUUUUUACUUUUUGGCUUUAAUUUUUAAAAGUUUUAAAAAGAGCCAUGAUACAGAUAAAGCAUAUAAAAGCACAAUUGCCAAUUUUUUAAUUGAUUUAUUUCAAAACUGAUACAAUCAAUAUCUCUUAAACUUGAUUCGCGAUCCUCUAGCAAACUGUUUUAUUUGUUGCAUUUACAUAGGGUGAUAUCUAGCUAAGGUCCCAGUUACACUAUACAUUUAAAGCAGUAUCAUAUCAUUUUAAGCAGUUAUGGCUUCCCCCAAAGAAUGCUGGAAACUGUUCUUAAGUGUGCUGACAGUUGUUAAGAGAUCCCUAUUCCCCUCACACAGCUAUAGUUCCCAGGUUAAACCUCUCUGGAAACUGUAGCUCUGUGAGGGGAUUAAGGGUCUUCUAACAACUCUUAGCAACUGUAAUGAACUACAGUUCCCAGGAUUCUUUGGGAGAAGCCAUGACUGCUUAAAGUGACAUGAUACUGCUUUAAAUGGGGCCCAAAUCACACAAUGUCAGUGGAUUUAAGUCUGAGUGCAACUUGGUUGGAUAUCACUCAUAGUAACUUUGUGCCAAUAAACUUCUGACAGUUUAUGUUACAAUAAAAAAAAUGAAAACAAUAAGAUGGCAGAAGAACUGAUCUCCACAACAUCUUCCUCUCUCCUUCCAUUCAGGACACAGGUCUUUUAAGUAGCCCCAGGCAAAAUUGGAGAGGGACUGUCCUAAGAUUGGCUUAUAGACUGCCUGCUUUGCACAAUUGAAAAAAAGACUCCAGGCAAGCAUUAUAGAUAACACACAUAGCAUAUGUAUGAUUGAGAGCUUUCUUAUGGAUUCGGGGACUUGUAAGCACAGGGACUCUGUGCCAGGUUCCUGAAUACACCAUCCUGCCUCUCAGCAGGAUUCAUCCAUUGAUCCCUCUGGGAGAUCAUGUACUCCAGUUUUAUGUCCUAUAGCUACCUGAGCUCUGCAGUACAUUCAUUUCUUAAACCACGAAUAUAUAAAUAUAAUUUCGCCAGCUAAACCACAUUUAUUUUAUAUCGCAUGGCAAAACACUGUUUUGGACAUUUGACUUUCAAAUAAGUGAUCUUGCCUGAGUCCUCACAUCAGAAUCCCCACCUCCUCUUGCCUCUGCCUAGAUAUAAUUAUAUGAAGCAUGCGGGAUGAAUGAUUAUAGGUUUUGGAAUACAUUGCAAAGCAGUAUGAGCUAAUUGUCAUAGUAGCCUAUUAGUAUGCAUGGUGGUUCUGAUCUGUAUGGGUAACGUGCUUUAAAGCAAUUCCUCUUGGUCAAAAUCUCGGAACAGCCUUGUGGCUUAUGGAUAAUUGCCAUUUUAUUGCAGCUCUAUUAAAAUGGUCCUUGGUUUCCUUAUUUUUAGAAGUUUACAGUGCAAUCCAAAUCUCCUUGCAAAGGACUGUUCAAUUUGGGCUGUCUCACCAACCAGCCCCUGUGCAGGUGGGAUCCCUGCUGGUGGCAGCCAGCAGCAAGCUCCAAAAUGUGAGGUUCUGAGGGCAGGAGAGGGCCAGGGCUGAGCCACCCUGGGAUCUGUCGGAUCCUGAGCCAGUUUAACUGCCUUUUCAUGAUGGCAUCAGGCCCCAUCGCUCAAGGUUAGCAUGGCAGUCUUCCUCCACCCUGACUGCUGGGCAGCUGAGCUACAGAUGCAGUGAUGGUUCUUGCAACCAAGGUUUGGAUUGCACCAUUAAUUGUAUGAAACUUUUGCCCUUCUAAACAAUUGGUAGUGAACUCUGUAUGCGUGGCAAAAGAUUAUAGGCAUAAAGUAAACAGGAUGCAUGGCAGUUCUCUCAGUUCUCUGGCCAUAAGUACAUAGUGAAGAGCUAGAAACUUCAGUGUUCAUUCAAGAAGAAUACAAAUGAAAUCUUCUAAAGUUGAUGUUAAAGAAUCAUCGCUUCGACACUGGUGAUCUUUGCUUCUUCCAUAUAAAUCAUACCAACCCACUCACUCACUUGUUCAGCUAUUCAAUGUGUAUUUCUUAGGAGAAAACUACUUACUUCUGAAAUCAUAACAUUGCAUUGGUGUUGCCACAAAAUGGGGAAAACGUUUUAUGGGGUAAGCUUAAUUUUAUUCUCUUUACCAGUUGAUCGAAUGGGGAGAUGGAUUGUCGCCGGAGGUGCUGCUAUCGGCCUUGGGGCAGUUUGUUACUACGGAUUGGGGAUGUCCAACGAGAUCGGAGCCAUUGAAAAGGCCAUGUAAGUAAAAUACUCAAAAUGUGUCGAGUUCUUGUGGUCACAACAAAACAGUUAAAAGCAAUUUCAGUGAAAUCAAUCUAUAGUUAGAGCUGUGUUUUUGAAAGUUCACUCUUUCUUUCUUUUUCUGAACAUGACAAAACUGUGAUUAAAUGUGUGGUGCCCUUCUGCUUUGAGGGACUCAGAACCAGAAAGAAUCUCUUGAUUUGUCAUUAAUGAUUCUGCUAAACCAGUGACCGAAAAGAUACAGAAGCUACUGGUUUUGUCUGCAACCCAACCCCCCAGUCGGCUGGGCUGGAGGGAGUUUGGAUGAGGCAGAAAGGUUUCUCCACCCGGCGCUGUCUAGCUUUACCAGUCAGGAUGUUUCAGGGGCAGAGUUCAGCCAGCAAAGGAGCCAAGCAGUUCUGAUCUGGCUGGCCUCUGUCCUGUGAUGGCAGCAGGCCCGCUUUGAGCCUGGAAACUGGCAGAGUUUCAGCAAGAAUCGGGUUACCCAGGCUGAGCCGAAAGGAGGGUUUAGGUGGGGGCUAGGGUGGGGAGUGUUUUGCAAAAAUAUUUUGGUGUCAGCAGUGGCAUUUCCCCAUCAACUUUUUAGGGGUUGGUUGAAAAACAUUAAAUCCAUAGAGUGAACACUGACAGGUUUGGAUUAUCUAUGUGACCAUUGUAAGAAAGAAACGUAGCUCAUUUUCUAAAAAGGCCUCAUUUGUCCUCAGUGGCACCAUCCCAUCCAUAAUGUGACCCCUAAAUGACUGAAAUCAUUUUAAAAUGAAACCAAGAAAAAAUGGUGCUCAAAUAGCAGUGGAGCAGAGAAUCGGUGUUCUGUGGGAAGCAGAUUGGGUAUAACAGGGGCAGAAGAAGCCAUGCUUUUCCUGCUAUGUAGGUGUAUUUAAAGAUGCAUCUUCUCCAGCCCAUCCUAGAUGUGAGUCGUUCAUAUUCCGUUGGCCUAUUCUGUGUUUAGGAUGCAAGGAGGAAGUGUGAUAUGUGAAACAUCUGUGCUUUUCUGAUCGCUAUUAGUCUUUUGAAUAAAUCAUAACGGUAGCCAUUGAAAUUUUGGGUUUUGAAGUCAGAAAUAUAAUUGGCUAGAAAUUUUGGGGAGAAAUGGUUACAGCAAAAGAGAAAAUGGUUCUAUUAAAGAGAAUUUUCUCGCCUUAAUCUACCCCCAUCCCUACCCUAUUCUGGUUCUGGCAUGUUGCUAAUUUUUAAAAAAAGGAGAGAGAGAAAUAGGAGGACCUUUCCUUCUCAUAGUUGUUAAAAUGCCUUUGUACAGGUGCCUUUUUGAGCUAAUACACAAUGUAAAAGUGAACAAAAAUUAAUUGCCCAAUGGGCAAAUGAUAAAAAACCAGCUGAGAGAUCCAAAACUACUCUGUGGCUAGAGACAUGUGGUUGCAGAGAAAUAUGGUCUCAGAUUCCUCACAUUGUAUUUUUUACUGUCACCUUAAUAACUAACAUGAUAUCCACAACACAUGCUAUAUUAAGGGAGCAAAGGGAGUGUCACAAACCCAUUACAUUGAAAGCCUGAAUUGCAAGUAUUGAAAACAUUUUUUCUUCCUUCAGAGUGCAAACUUGCUACUUGCUGUAUUCUUGCCCCCUUUAACAUAUUCAUAUAAUUUAAAUAUAUUCUGUUUGUUUCCAGCAUCUGGCCGCAGUAUGUGAAAGACAGAAUCCGUUCCACCUACAUGUAUUUUGCAGGAAGUGUUGGUUUGACAGCAUUGUCUGCUGUUUUAGUUAGCAGAUCUCCAGCCCUCAUGGGGCUAAUGAUGAGGGGGUCUUGGCUGGUAAGUUCAGUUUUUUUGGUGUUCUCUAUCUAACAUCGGUUAGAAUGCAUCUCUCAAAAGAAUUCUUCAACCUCCUGUUGACUGAGUUAAAUUUUCUCAUAACCUGUAGAGGCUCUCUAAAUCGCAAGUGAUGAAAAGACCAAUAGGUGGACAGGAUUCAAUAAAAUAUCCCAUGGUUUUGACCCUAUUUGAGUGGUGCUGCUUCUCACAGAGAACCCAGGGAACUGUAGCAUAGGCGUGCUCAGUUAGUUGCCCGCUUGCCAAAUGAAAAACGUCAAAAUAUUACGUGUUGUUUCAUGUGUGAGAGACUGAUUCUGGAGUGAAGCACUUACGGCCAGGUUUGCACAGAGCCGGGAUUAACACAAUCUCUCUCACGCUGCUUAGUUAACAAUUAAAACAGGUGGGUUUUCAGUAUUGAUGCUGAAGUCUGUCCGCACAGUGAGGGACAAGUAUUGCAUGUUCUUUUGGGGGGCAGGCGUGUUCUUCCAGAAACAAGGAGAUUUUAUACCUUGUUGGAAUAUAAUUUAUUUUGCCAGGGAUGGCACUUGGUCGGCAGCAGAUCUGUGCUUGCUAUAGGUUAAUCGCCUAUUAACACAGCCCCUUCAAAGCUUAUCUUCCUAAUUUCUUUAACAGUGUGGUUGGAAAUAGACGUGGAGAAACAAGGGAACUAGUUUCACCACAUGGCAGUAAAUUGAAGAGUUUGCAGUCACAUGCUGAAGCGGUGAUGGCAUUAUGCUGCAAUCCCAACCCCAGUUAGGUGGGAAUAUGCUCCACUGAAUUCUCUGGGAUUUAUUUCUGAAUAGAGAUGGAUGGGACUGCAGCAUAAGCCUCAAAUCUCACUUUUUAAAACACCCAGUAUCUGCCAUCUUGCCAAAAAAAACAACCUGAAGAUCCAUUGUGCCCACUAGAGGGAGCUGCCGCUAAUUUAGUCAAAUAUUGUCUUUGCGUGGAAGGUUUCGGCAAAAUUAUGUGUGACUGAAACACACUGGCUAGGAAGCAGAUGUAUUGCACAAGUAUAGCCAUUGCCAAAGCAGAAUUGGAUGAAGCUGCCUGAAUAGGACCUUUGUGACACGAGUAUAAUUUCCUACUAUGUUAUCUGGGGAAAGACCCCGAGUGAAUAUUGCCGUAUCAUAAGUGAACCUUAGUCAGCUGUAAAAUGCUUAGUAAAAAAACAAAAACAAACCCCAAAAUAUAAAACAAUUUGCUAGUAAUAACAACAAUCUUUUACAGGCAAUUGGUGCGACAUUUGCUGCAAUGAUUGGUGCUGGAAUGCUGGUUAGAUCAAUAGAUUAUGAACAGAGCCCUGUCCCUAAACAUCUGGCUUGGAUGCUGCACGCAGGUAGGUGGCUUCUGGUUUUCCCAAACAAUUAUUGUUGUUGCUGUUGUUGACCUCAAAUGUAAGUUGCGUUGAGAAUUCCCCUGAUCAGCUCCCUGAUUUAUUUAUUGAUUCACUGAAGGAUGGAUAGUUCUCACUUGCAGUCAGAAACAUACUUGACAAUCCAGCUGAUUUGGUGUGGAGCUGUAGAAUAGUGCUGAGGUUAAAAUACAUUUAGAGGGAGGCAAUCAAGGGUGGUUGUUGUUGUUGUUAGAAUGUAUAUACUGCCCUAUACCCAGAAACACUGGCCUUAAAGACACAUGCCAUCUAGUGUGAAGAUAUUUAAACAUGCAGUUAUCAGGUUCCAAACACCAUGCACGCAGUUCCACAUCCAUAUGUGGCAAUCUUGGCUUCUCCUGGUGUCAUUUCUUUCUGCCCCCCCCCCCAAAGCCCUCGGGUCCAAAGGUUGGAUCCCUCAAGAAUAGCACCCCUGGAAGGGCAAGGGAUAACUUGCUAUAAGCUGGACAGUCUUCAUGCAUGCAUGGAAGUGGUUUUUAAAAAUAUAUAUAUUAAGGAAUUUUUCUAUUACAAAACAUAUGUACCUUUCACAGUCUGUCUCUUCUCUCCACUUUAAAUUCAUAGAGUCUUAUUCUCAGUUCAUUUACAUUUAGGGAGAGACACUUUUGUCAUAGACAUCUUGCAGUCUGGGGGGGGGGGGAGGGGGUCAGAUGGGAUCCAGAGCUUCUGUUGCAGUUCCCUUGCAGUGUUCAGUUCUACAAAAUUUUCAUGGCAUCUAGCAUAGACUUGGGUUGUUGUUGACUCAUAAGGGUGUUGUGGAACUCCAAUCUGAGGAAGCCUGGGGUGAUUUAAAAUAUUGGCACUUGAGGCCAACGUUGCAGCAGGGUGAAAAUGUGAUUGCCUCAUCACCAGUCGGUAGUUAACUAGGUUUGCCAUAUUUCAAAAAGUAAAAACCAGGACACCCUGAACAUUGUUGAGCUUGUUUUAGGAAGAUCCCAAAAUUGUUGAGCUGUUUUUAGGGGAAACCCAAAAGCGUUUUUCAACCGUGAUUUUUCGAUUGACGUCUUAAGAUGGCUUUGACAUCCCAGUAAUGUCCGGGAAAAUCCAGACAUAUGGCAACCCUAAGUUAACUUUGCCCAAUACGUAUUCCCAUUUAUCUAACUUGUAUCCCAAACUUACAACACUGAUUUGUUUCUAGGGCAGCUGACAGUGUAGUAAAACAUAAAAAGUUCGAACUAAAACAGCAACAGGCGAUUUAAAUAGAUGGCAAGUCUAAGCUCCUCUAAGUUCGGUUUCUGUUCGCAGUCCUUAAAAGCCUUGAUGUGCCAUGGGUGCAGUUGAGUAACUGAAUUAAUAUUUGUGCCUCUUUCUUCCCUCAGGUGUCAUGGGUGCCGUUGUGGCUCCUCUUACUCUACUGGGUGGCCCCCUGCUUAUUCGAGCUGCUUGGUACACAGCAGGAAUCGUUGGUGGUCUCUCGACUGUGGCUAUGUGCGCACCGAGUGAGAAGUUUCUGAACAUGGGAGCGCCACUGGGAGUGGGCUUUGGCCUCGUGCUUGCUUCUUCCCUUGGUCAGUGGAUGAUGUUGGGUGUAGAGUGUGAUUGACCUGCCUAGAAUCAAGCUUGCUUUAUGCAUUCCAUCUGUUCCUUAACUGUCAGGGAAGCGGGAACGGCUGAAAAGCUGAGAGGGGAGAGAGGCAAUUAUAGAGAGCCUAAAGAGCUUAUCAGCAGUCUCUCAUCCGACUCAGAGGAGGAAAUAGGGAGGGGGGAGCCAGUGUCCGGAACUAGCUUCUCCCAGAUCAGAGGAAGUAGGAGGGGUGCACUAUGGCGAUGGGCCUGCUGGGGGAGGAGGAGUAAAAGAUUGGCAGUCGAGACAUCUGAUUGAGCUAGGCACGGACGUGUUUUUGAACUCUUGUAACAGCUUUGAACUUUUGGCAAUAAAUUUUCAAGACAGAAAUGGCUGUGUGCCAGGAAAGUUAUCUCUGCUAGCUUUGGCCGCAUAAACCCCUUACAUUAACACAUGUGUUCCGAAAAUUUGUGUUAUGUACAUUUUUGAUGGUUGGCCAUCUACAUUUCUCGGCAUAUUAAAAAUGUUCUGUUUGAAAUCAGACCUACUCAGGUUUGUAUGUCGCUCUGGCUCUCCCUCCCGCCCCACAGUGAGCUUGUAAAGAGCAAAUAUCGGACAUCUAAAGUAAGAAAAAGGGAGGCUGAUUAUAAGUAACGUGUCCUCAGUGAUUUCAUGAUCAAUAUCUUAUUUAGAUAAUGCUUUCCGUUCAAUGGUGCAUUUUGCAUAUGAAAGCACUGUUUGCAUGUGGCAUAACUGUGUGUCCCCCCAAAAUGCAUACUUGGUUCUUGAUAGCCUUUGUGUAUAUCUUCCAGGAUCAAUGUUCUUUCCUCCUACGACUGCUUUUGGCGCCGGCCUCUAUUCUGUCGCUGUUUACGGUGGCUUGAUACUUUUCAGCAUGUUCCUGCUCUUUGACACCCAGAAAGUCGUACACCGUGCAGAAACUCAACCUCUGUAUGGCGUAGGGAUGCAAAAGUAUGACCCCAUCAACAUGUAAGUGCUUCCUCUUGAUAAACGUGACGCAAAUGAAACAUUUAGAGAAUCCUAGUCUUCUGGAAUACAAGCAAACUGUGCAUGCUAUGUUUAGGUCUGCCUAGAAGUCUAUAGUAAUAAUAAUAAUAAUAAUUUAUUAUUUGUACCCCGCCCAUCUGGCUGGGUUUCCCCAGCCACUCUGGGCAGCUUCCACAGAGACCAAGAAUACACUAAAAUGUCACACAUUAAAAACUUCCCUGAACAGGGCUGCCUUAAGAUGUCUUCUGAAUGUCAGGUAGUUGUUUAUCGCUUUGACAUCUGAUGGGAGGGCGUUCCACAGGGCGGGCACCACUACCGAGAAGGCCCUCUGCCUGGUUCCCUGUAGCUUUGCUUCUCGCAAUGAGGGAACCGCCAGACCUUUUAAUAAAGGGUGCCUUGUCAUUCUUUUCAGUGAUUGCUUCUUAGAAGGUUAGGAAGAUGAGGAGCAGCUGCACCAGGAGGCCGUGUGCAAUAGGCAACCUCUGAUUUUCAUUAGCUAUCGCCAGUAAAAACAACCCUUUGUGUUACAGGCUUAGAACAGCUGUUACCUAGUUUAAGGAGAGCAAUUUCCAGGCCAUUCUGCAAGAAAGCUUGCAAAUGUCGUACCUUGGAAGUCAUAUGGAAUCUCUUCCGGAAGUCUGUUCGACUUCCAAAACAUUUGGAAACCAAAGUGCGGCUUUGUAUUGGCUGCAGGAAGCUCCUGCAGCCAAUUGGAAUCCCCGUUGGACGUUUGGGUUCCAAAGCAUCUGAGUACCAAGGCGUUUGGGAUCCAAGGUACGACUGUACUGGUGGCAGCAAGGAGUAUACAAGAGGAGUACAGAUGACUGGGGAGGAAGCCAUUUGUGGAUAGUAUUCACUAAUAUUUGUUUGUAUACGCUAGUAAGGUCCGUGAACUUAGUUUGCUGUGUUUUUGUCUCAAAACCGCGAAUGGACUUCAGUUUGAACACCAGGGUGCUGUGCCAAAUCAUUUGCAUCAUUCUUUUUUCCUUGCUAGAGGACAAGGAAAGUUUGUUGAACUAAUGGCUGCUUUUCUUGUCUUUCAGGUGUAUGGGUAUAUACAUGGAUACUCUAAACAUCUUCAUCAGAGUCGCCACCAUGCUUGCUACCGGCAGUGGCAACAGGAGAAAAUAGACCACAACUUCCUUCCUUGGGCCAAACUGAUAGCUCACCAAAAACUUUGGCUUGUCUGAUUAGCACAUUAUAUCUCCUAAAACUGCCGCUGGGUUGGAGGCAGCUUUCAUGUAGCAGUCAGAUAUUCCUAGCACUUCCACAUGACCUUUUAAGGUGUUUUCGGAGUAAUGUGAUUUGGAUCUUAACACGAGUGGAAAGUAAAUUGCUGCAUGCCAUUAAAUCAUUUCUCCCUGAUUUGGGGGGGUUUGGAAAUGUGUAAGAAGUUUAUUUUAAAAUAUGUAGAUUUGUAGCCGGUGUAAGUUUAACUUCCUCCUCUUCAAAGGUGAAGUUGUGGUCUUAACUCCGUAUAUAGGAGCAGACCCAAAGGGCGCUGCAUUUAAACCAAAAUUAACGUCAAAGGGAGCUGUAUUUGGAAGUUAUUUGCAACAGAUUGUGCUCCGCAGCAUACUCUUUGGUGGUAACUGAAUGUAACAUACUCGGGACUGAUAACAGAAAUGGCUAAUAAAAUAAAAUCUCUAAAAGGAUAUUUGUUAGGAUCCUCUUUGCUUUCCCUUGCAGACAAUCGGGGAACUUACCAGCAGACUAUAUUGUAUUUGUACUACUAUCACACAAAUGCCAUCAGCUAAGUGUUGCUUCUCUUUGAAGAAAUUGUGGAAGCAACGCUGAAGUGUAGGUUAACUCAAGAGUUGCUUUUCGCUAUCGCUAACAGCAAGGGUAAAGGAAUCAAUCUGAGCAUUUCUGACCUGCAUUUUCCUUCAAAGUCAAACUGGGACACAAUUUUAACUUUGAAGCCCUCAUCCCUCUAUUCCGGGCUCAAAAUGUUACCUAUCGACUGGCAGUUUCUUUUGAUAUUUAACUAAAGACAUGUAGCCUCCUUUACAGAACACUGAUUUCUAAAAGAUGUCUAAUUCAAGAGCCACACUUCUGAAAAGAAUAUUUUUUUAAAGCUGGGAAAGCAGAUGUAUGUGAAUUCAUUCAUCAGACGGAACAGAAGUUAUUUUGGAAAUUGCUGGACCUCUUUGUUACCAUAGUACUCGUCUGUUAUUUUUAAGGAUUGUGGCACAGCAAUUCAGUAACUUUAUUUUCCAUCCGCUUUUGCCAUUUGUGCUUGUACCAGCUUCUGAAACAAUAAAGUCUUAGCUGAGAAAUUUAUUGGUCUUGUUUUCUGUAAGGUGCUACAGAGAUACUUUACUUAAAACUGUACUUUUAAAAACGCUUUUCAUAUACUUGAAGGCAUAUACUUUUCUCCUUUUUAGGGGAAAAUUGAGUGUUCACAGGUCGUACUCUGUUUAGUAAUCUGCCAGCUCCAUAGAGCUCUCCUUUCGCUUCACCAGGCAUCCAUAUUUUGGGCUUUUUUUGUUUCCUUGUGUUUUACACCUAUAGUCUCAGAGGCUUCUGGAUGUUGUUGGGGAGGGUGGGGAGCCUUUGGAAGUCGCUAAAACCGUCGGAAGGGGUUUUCCUUGAGAGGAGACAUGUUUUUGGAGAUGGGUCUUUCUGCAGACCCAUCAGAGUCUGGGGACCCUGAGCACUUGUGCAAGGGAUCCUGGUAUAUGCCCUGAAUCCAGCAUCAGCAACUCCCUCACCUGCCCAGGUGUAGGGAACCUGAAAAGCUUGCUCCAGCACUCCCAGAGGUUCUGGAUGGAAUCUACACACAUAUAAAAAAUGAUGUGAAAAUGCUUUAUGUUAACGUUUCGAAAAAUAAAUUGAAAUUACC